GCUUUAAAUAAUACAACAAAAGUGUAGAUAACUUUUUCCUAAACAUUUACUGACAUUUUAUUUGUGUGAAAUAGAGACCACGAGAGAAAUCCGUCUAAAUAAUGUUGAACAUCUGCUUCUGUCUGAAAUACACAUGUCGUCACCUUCCAGAAUAUGUAAAAGAUAAUUUCAUGAAAUGCAAACUGAUUGCCUAUGACUAGGUUAGAAUACUUCAUGAAAAUGAAUCUAUUCAUUUGUAUACUUUGUUAUCCCAUUUUCCACUGAAACAAUUCAUAUGUACAUUCUGAAAAUUGUGGAAAUGCAUACAAAUGUAAUACCAUACAUAAGGAUCAUUCGUAUCUACUUAUAAUGUUUCUAUAAAAUGGAAUAUACAUGUACAAAUGUUCAAAUUAGAAAUUGUUUUCACCUCAUUUCUACAAUUAGAUAAUCAAACUGAAAAAGGCUAUCUGCUUACAUGUGCAUCAAUAUUCCCAAACAAAACAUCCAUAAAAUCACGUUCUUUGGAUUAUAUUUUCAUAUUGAUUUUCAUUGUAAUGUGUGAUAUAUUCUUGACCACUUCUAUUGUAGUACCAUUCAAUACUGCUGUAAAAACUGCUUACAAUAAUGAAACAGAUAGUAGUCUAAACAGUAAAAAUUUAUCCAGGCGAUUGUUUACCAGAUCUUCUUCUUUCAUGUAUGGCAGUUCACAGCUACUACCCUAUCUGACUCCAAUCACAUUUAGUGUAAAUGAGAAUACACCUAUUUCAACAAUUAUAGGUUACAUACCAGAAUACAUUUAUCCUUCACCGACAGCAGAUAACAAAUUUACUCUUCCGAAUAAUUCAUUUUUUGAAAUUAAUGUAAAAGGUGCCCUAACUGUCAUAGGUGAAUUGGAUAGGGAUGAUAAUCCACAUUUAUGCAUUGAACCUGGUUAUCCACGUGAAUGUAUAUGGAGUAGUUUUGCUAUUACAACGAUGGGGCAAUAUAUUGGAUUGCGUAUUACAAUAAAUGACUUGAAUGAUAACAUUCCUAAAUGGCCUCAGUCUUUUAUCGUGAUUAAUGUACAGGAAGAAGUUAAAACUAAACAAGAUUUUGAACUCCCACUGGCUAAUGAUCCAGACUAUGGAAUAAAUUCAGUACAAGAAUAUCAUCUAAAGACAGAUAUCACAGAGUCUAAAUAUUUCAGGUUGAUUAUAGAGAAAAAUAACCUGAAAAAUCUAAGUUCAUUCAGUUUUCACUUGAUAUUAAGCGUUGUCGAGACAUUGGAUCGUGAACGUCAGGCAUGGUAUAAUUUGAGUCUUUUAGCUGUAGACGGUAGUAAACCGUAUAAUACGGGUACUUUGGUAAUAACCAUACACAUAACUGAUGAAAACGAUCAUACACCAGUAUUCUCAAGUCCUCUAUAUCAGGCUGUGAUAUCUGAAGAUUCCAAAGUAGGCGAUAUUAUCUACUUAUCAGAAAAUAAUCAAAACUUUGAAACACUUGAUCCACUAGGUACGCUUAGUGAUGAUUCCUCUACCAAAAAUCUUAUCAAACAUCAAAUACACGCCACUGAUCCUGAUGAAGGCUUAAAUGGUGAAAUUGAAUACACUUAUGCCGCUUCAACACCUAAGUCUGUACUUGAAAACUUUGAACUGGAUAAACAUACAGGAUUAUUAUAUAUAGUUAAUACCUUGGAUUAUGAUGUUGGACCAAAUGAAUGGAAAUUUCAAGUAAUCGCUAAGGAUAAAGGACGUCCGGCUAGAUCAAGCACUACUAGCGUGACAAUAAUCUUAAGUGAUGCUAAUACACAUGCACCUACAAUCAAGCCACGUAUACAGUUAUCCGAGAAUUAUAAGAGACGUUUAAAAAAAUUAAAUGUAAAUUAUGCACCAAAAAAUGAGAAUAUACUACACAUUCCAGAGAAUGUUCCACAUACAAACGAACCAUUGGUAUUUUUAACUGUAAGCGACCAAGAUACAGGAUCAGGUGGAUCGUUUGAAUGUGAAUUGAGCACGAGUGAGAAUACUGUUUUUAAUAGAAGCAGUGCAAAACCAAUAACUAGUUAUCUUGACAAUACAAUCAAUCAACCAAUCCAAGAACAGUUUCGCCUGGAUUUUACUGCGAAAUUACCAAAGUGGAAAGUUUAUAGUCUAUAUGCUAUCACCACUUUUGAUCGUGAACAGGGACAAAUGCGUCUAUUGCACAUAACAUGCAAAGAUGAAGGUACACCGAAAAUGACUUCCACUUACACACUCACAGUAUACAUUGCAGAUGAAAAUGAUAACGCACCGGAAUUUGCUGAAGAUCACUACAAAAUUCAUGUAAUGGAAGAGAACCAACCUAAUUCAACGGUUGGUAGGAUAGUAGCUACCGACAAAGAUGCUGAUCAAAAUGGUAAAGUGAAUUACAGAAUAGAAUGGUCAAAUUUGUAUAAACACUAUGAAAAUGUAUUUACCCUAACUGAAGACGGGAAAUUAAUUGCAACACAAAGUUUGGAUAGAGAACGUGUUCCGAAUGGAUACCAUUUUACAGUGAUCGCAUAUGAUUCAGGUGAACCCAAUUUAUCAGCUUCCACAAACAUUCACGUCAUUUUGGAUGAUAUUAACGACUGUGUACCAACCUUUUCUCAACCAGAAUACAAUUUCACAAUAGAUGAAGAUUUUAUGCAAAAUUAUACGGCAUCACGAAUUAUUGGUCUGGUGGCAGCAACAGAUUGUGAUAUAGGAUUAAAUGGCAUGUUAAUUUAUUCUAUCCUUGAUCCUGGCUUACCUUUUGAAAUCAACAAUCAUGGUCUCUUGAAAACAAACCGUCUAGUCGACAGAGAGUCUCAAUCAGUUUAUCGAUUCACAGUUCUGGUUACAGACGGUGGCGUUCAUCCACAGAAUAAAUACACAUUACUUGAAGAUUAUAAGUUUGACAUUUAUGAAGAAAAAGUUCACAGUAAUAUAAACAAUGGUUCUAAAUCUCAUAUGAUAAAUGAAGUUCAUACAUCUGCAGUUUCUGUAUGCAUUCAUAUAACAGAUCUUAACGAUAAUGCACCGGUAUUUGUUUAUCCCAAUACAAGUAUAUUCAAAGUUCGACUGUCCAUUCAUGAGAAAAAAGGAUACAUAAUAACGCGAUUGGUAGCUGUUGAUAAAGAUUCUGGUCCAAAUGGUGAAAUACACUAUAGCCUACUAAAGGCUGAUCCUAAACAUAUAUUUGGAUUACGUCAUGAUACGGGAGAAAUUAUCGUCACAAAAAACAUUGAAAAAAUUGAGGGGACAACUGUUCUAUCAAUACAAGCAUCAGAUCAUGGUAAUCCUCCAAAAUCGAGUAAAAUAGAUGUGGAAAUUACUGUAGGUGAUAUUCCACCAACUGGAAGAAGUCUUGGAACUCUCGAUGAAUACCAGUUAGCUAAUCUGAAGUCACUUGGACUUAUCGGUAUCACAGAACUUGACAACUCUGGUACAGUUGAAAUGAACAAAUUAAUUAUGAUGUGUAUUGUUGUGUCAACAACUGUACUGUGUAUUAUUUUAAUAUUUUCUAUUGGAAUAUUUGCUAAACGUACAAGUUGUAGAAAACUAUUCACUUCACAAACACAUGUGGGAUGUACAAAAAAGAGAAUUGGAAAUGAGAAGAAUAAACUUCAUGAUGAUAUUUGCAUAGAUCUACCUGACAGUGUUAACCAAACGAAUGAACUGGAAGAAAAACUUAAGGACUUCAAAGAACCGAAUUCAGUUGAAAUGUGUGAUGUAUUAUCUCAUGUACAGUAUAAUCACUAUCCAGAGAUAGACAGAAAAAGUUUUUUGGUACCCGGAGCGCAUAAUACGCUUACAGAUGAUACAGGAUUGAAACACUUACUUCAAUCAAUAAACCAUACUACUAUGAAUAAUGCUGACAGAGUUGUUAACGAUGGCAAUAUAGAUACAGCUACCUUAACAAAUCCACACUGUGAUAAUCCUGUUUCAUCUAAUAUACCUGUUAGUCUCCCCUCACAUACAAGUGAUAGUCUUAACAAUAAUGCUACGCUGUUCAUGAGUCAUUUGGAAUGCAAUCAUCUAGUUACACCAAAUGACACGACAGAAGUGCAAACGGAUAAUCACUACACGUCGGAGACAAAUUCGAAUCCAGGUACAUCAUACUCUCAGGAUACUAUUAUGACUCUUCCUCGAAUAUGUGCAAUUCAUGGAACCCUUGGAACGGCAAUGAAACUUUUUGCACUUCCAUUGAGUGAUUCUUCCUAUGUUCGGUGUCCUGAAAUACACAGAAAUGUUUGUGUCUCCCCACUUAAUGAUGCUCCUACAAUUGACUCAGAUGUUGAUUCUGGUCAAGGUGGUAGUAUUAACAAUAUUGGAAGUUCACCAAACAGUGAUCAACUUGCCCCACAAUUUAAUAUAUUAUCUAAUAAAUCAGAUACUACCAUACUUCCAGUUCACUAUGUAACUGGAGACUUAAAUUUCAGUUUAGUUCCGGUUAGCAUUGCCACAAGUUUAAAUUUAACUUCAUCUUCAUCUUCUAAUCCAACAAUUUUAUUACCCUUAUCAGAACUACCAAACACUACAUCAGUAUCCACUCCAGUUAAUUUACAAAAACACUCUAAAGUAACAUGUGAUAAAUUAAGAGUUACAUUUGCUGAGACGAAUACCGAUGAAAAGUCACCAGAUCUGACAAGUUCAUUAAAAAACAAUAAAACUGUUAUACAUUAUCCUUUGACAAUUUCCACUGAUCCUGAUACCAAAGAAAAAGGUCCUUGGCGCCUUGUUCAGUGUGCAUCUAAAAAUGUUAGAUUAUAGUUUGGAAUGUAAUGAAUGUUUACUAUCCCCAGAUCUUGGAAAUCAGUUGUUCUUACAAAUAUGCAAAUAAAUUUUUAAACAUGAUUUAGAAAUCUCUUAACACAGUUUACUUCUAAAGGACGUUAUUUUUCACAUUUUGAACAAAUAAAAA